CUCCGUAAUGGGGAAGACUGGCUGGGUGCCCAGCACGCGACCGAGGUGAAUUACACACACACCACACACACACACACACACCGCGUAGUGUAGUGUUUACACAGCCGUCUUCUAAAGGCCUGAGCGUUUGAAUACAAAAGUCCCGUGACGUCACGCUACUCGGUCAUAACUACGGUUGCGCUGCCGCCUGCCGCUCAGCCCGAGUCUGCCGUUAAGUGCGUCAGUCUCGGCCUUGUGUUACAAUAUUCACAUCAUCUCGCACUUCCUCAGUUCUGUCCUUUACAUAUCAUCAUGCCCAGCAGGUGCUGUGUACCUCUAUGUAAAGGAAAUUAUCCCACUGGUCCUAAGGUGGCUGUAUUUUCUUUCCCAAGAGAUGAAGAAUUGUCAGGGGAAUGGAUUAGAGCCAUCAAGCGGGACAACUUUACCCCUAACCACAGCAGCAGGGUGUGUGAACUACACUUCGUUCCCGGAGACAUAGAGGAGACCUCGUACUUCGAUGAGAGGACAGGAACUAACCUUACAGUCAACUUAAAGAUUCCAAGGCUUCAUAAAGGGGCAGUUCCUUCACAGUUACCCAACUGCCCCACAUACCUUUCAAGAACUCCCUUGAUAAGAGAAUUUCCAGAAGAGAGGAAGUGCAGGAAGGAACAGGAUGCAAUAAGAACAGCAAUUGCAGAAAGUGUUGAAGAUGAGGUACAACAUCUGAUGAAUAUAAGCUUUGAAAAUCUUAGUGAACUUUCGAAAAACUCUGCUCUCUUGACAAGUACUGGAAAGUUAUUAAACUUGAUAACUCCCUAUUAAUAUGUAAUAUAAUUUGCAGACCAAGCCCUAAAAUCAAAGUAUCUCUGAUUAUUGAUGAUUGUUUAGCUGUCAGAACUUUUGUUGAUAAUGUUGAAAUGCACAGGCUGGGGAAUUACAGAACCCCUUCCCAUGUGAGGGAUAUUGAUUCUCUGAACUGUUGGACAACCUCAAAAAAUGUGAUACUGAUGACAGGGUUUCAACUCCUGGAAGGAGUUAGGCAUGUCUUGUCACUCUUGAGUAUACUGAGGGAGGAGUCAUCUAAAUACAAAAAUGUAUUAAGAGGAAUGUGUGAGCAAGUUCACUUAAUGACACUAAAGAAGCUUGAAUACUCAUCAGAAUUUUUAGUAUUUUCAUCUCUCUUGUAUAGCUGCUCUCCUCAAGGAUAUAGGCUACUGAGGACUAUGGGAUAUUUGAUCUUGCCUUGUUAUUCUACAUUUAGAAGACUGUCACUGUCUCAGAAUAUGAGCCCAGGACCAGAACAACACGAUAGUAACUUCCUAUCCUACAUAAUGAACAAAUAAAUUUUUUAACUGCUAAUGAUCUAACAGUAACGCUAAUGAUUGAUGAAAUCCACAUAAAGCCAUAUUUUGAUUAUAAAGGUGGUAAUGUUGUUGGCUCAGCAUUUGAUGCUAAUGAAGCAGCUUAGAGUGCGUUUGUGUUUAUGGUAAGCAGCUUAUGUUCUAAGUUUAAAGAUGUAGUCCACAUUUUACCAACGAGAAUUAUGAAAGCUGAAACCCUUUUCACAUUCAUAAAAAAAAAAAAAAAGUCAUAAUUGGCCUGGAACAGAUAGGAUUCAAGGUGGUAUGUGUUGUAACAGAUAAUAACUCUAUUAACAGAAAAGCUAUGUCAUAUUUUGCUGAGCCACCUACAUUAUCAAUUGUUUACCCUCAUCCAUCAUUACAGUCUACUUCAACAGAAUCAAGGUCUCUCUUUUUCAUGUUUGAUGCUGUACAUUUACUAAAAUGUAUAAGAAAUAAUUGAUUAGGUCAAAAAGACAUUGAUAAAACCAUGAAAUAUCCACAGUUCUCCUUUGAUGACGCAGACUUAACAACCACAAAAAUUUGCAGUGCUCCCUCCUUUCGCAACUCUCAGGAAACUUCACUCUUUGGAAGCAGAGUCACUCUUAUCUCAUGCGUAUAAACUCACAUUAAAAUCACUGUGUCCAUCUAACCUAGAAAAACAAAGUGUAAACUUGGUGCAUCGCAUAUUUAAUGAAUAUGUCAUGCAGGCACUUCUUACUUUAGGGGAAAAACAUUGUUUGCCUUUCUACCGUGAAGUUGCAGAUUAUGUAAGAGUAAUCUUUGUGUGGACAGUCAUAAAUGUUAAUUCUCCAUGUAAAGGUUGCCGCCUUAAGAACAAUUAUGCUAAACCAUUGACAGAUGAUACUGACAACGAAGGAUAUAUGUUUCUGUAUAAAUUUUGUGACUAGCUAGAUGCUUGGAAUAUCACAGACAUAGUCAGUGGUAAACUAAGCAAGGAAACAUUUACUGCAUUAAGACACACAACAUUAGCAAUAAUCCAGGUAACCAGUUAUUGCAUAAAUGAACUAAAAAUGCCAUAUGUAUUAACAGCAAAAUUUCAAACUGACCAACUUGAGGCCAGAUUCAGUCAAUAUUGCCAACUUGCAGGCAGUAAUUAUAAUGUUUCUAUGCGACAGGUAUUUGAAUGUGAGAAAAAAUUAAGACUUAUGUCAGUACUAAAAAUACCUCUCAGAAAGCAGAACGUAGACUUAUCUGAUUUAAAAGAAACAAAGUGGGAAAAAAUGCACAGUGAUGAUUUAUCAAAUUUCAGUAACUUUGAUGUAGAAAUUACACGAGAUGACAUUGAAAAAAGCAUGGAAUAUCUCCUAGUUCUCACGUACUUGGCAGGUUAUUGUUAUGUAGUUACCAAAAAAAUAAAUGUAAUUCAUGUAAAGACUUGCUAACUUGUAAUGAAAAUGUAGAGGAUAUGCCAGACAGUAACAGCUACAUAAAAGGCAUCACUAGAGGUUCACUUCUCUACCUUGAUGAGGGAGUAGUCAAUAUUGUUAUGCACAAUUAUAUUGCAAUCAACAAACUAACAUCAAACCCUGACUUUAUACAUUCACUCAACCAUAGAAAUAUCGCCACAGAAAUAACAAUGAAAAUUCUUGCAGACAAUGAAGUUUUCCUACCAAUAAAUAAUUGUGGUAAUGAACACAACAUAGACAAAAUUCAGAAAAUGUUAGUGUGGGCAUCAACAAAUGCCUUACUUAACAACUUCUGUAGCAAAUAAAAUGAUCUCUUACACCAGAGUAAGAUAUCUGGGAAAAAGACGAAGCUUCACACUUUGACAGGAUAAUCACAUUCAUACUAAUGUAUAAUGUAGUUAACAUUUGUAAAUAACAUUUAAUCCAAACCA